AUGGAGGUACGUCGAAGGGUGUCGGCUGUCUUGUCACGACACGUGGUGCAUGAAGGGAACAGAAACGUGUAUAAGUUGUCAGUACUGGAUGUACAUGUAUAUAUUAUUUACUGUACUUAAUAUUAAGUUGAAUAUACACAGUACACUGUGUGUGUAAAGGUUCUAUAAGCAGCUCUUGUUAAGACGGAAUAUUAACAGAAAGCGGAUAAACGCUUUUGCCUUUGCAUCACGGAGUCUUGCUGCUUGCUCAACAUAAAGGGACUGGAAAGUUGUGCAGUCCUGCAAUGAUGCCAAUUACAGAAGUGAAGCUAAAAGUUCCACAAGCUACUUCUAAUAACUUCUACACAUCUUCUGGGAACUGUUUUUGUACAUUUUAUUUGCAGCCGUGGAUCUUCUGAGUAAUCCUCCUGAACCCCAACAUCCAGUAACAGAGCUGUAUACACUGACGCUGUUUCUAAUCACUGCAUGAGGCGCGCAGUAGGUUCUCCUGGAGUUCCAGACAUGUUUGGAGCUGUGUGUAAUCGUUUCAUGUGGCGUCGUGUGUUCUUUAUAUCGUGUGUGUUCUUUCCUUAUCUGUAGCUUCCUGUUUGUAGGAGGACGGACACAGUAACGUAGCUCUGCUGAUCACGCCUGCCUCGUGUUGUCUGUAUAAAGUCUCUGACUCUGAGACUCUUCUGCACUCGUCGUUCAGUGAACAUUGUGUUCCUCUGCUACGUCUGCGUCCAUCAUGAAGCUCCUCAGUGUGGUUCUCCUCCUGCUUCCACUCUCGCUCUGUUUGGCUGAAGUCGUGAAUGAUUUUACUCAGAGCUGUCCAGGGUUCUUCGCUACUCCGAAUGAUGUCGUUUCUCCUCCUACGGGUUUUACUGGGGAUCGCUUUAAACGGAUCUGUCAAACUCUAAAUGAUAAAGCUGAAUUCGCGACACUUUAUGACACGACGUACAGGAUCCCAGUUUACUCAGCAUACAGGUUUACCGGACUAAAGAAAUGUAAAAGAAGUAAGAACUGGUAUAUUGAACCUCAGCUGGAAAAUGGAACCUUGGGGCCAAACAUGGAUAAUGAGUCUGCUGUGGGAAAUAUAGUUAAUCAGGCUAAGAACGGAGAUUAUAAAAAAUCUGGCUAUGAUAGAGGACACCUGGCUCCAGUUUUCCAUGCCACCUCACAGAACUGUGCUAAUGCCACCUUCACGCUGACCAACAUUGCUCCACAGAUCCACUUAUUCAACAGCGGGAAGUGGAACAUGAUAGAAAAAGAAAUGGCUAAUGUACUGAAUAAAGAUUGCAUUAAUGUAGGCCUGCGUGCAUUUGUAGUAACUGGGGUUGUGCCGGGUAAUAAUAAAAUGAAUAACAGUGUGCAAAUUCCCAGUCACUUCUGGACGGCAUUCUGCUGCCUUGAUAACAAUAAUAAAACUAUACGCUCAAGUGCAUACUAUGGAAAAAAGGAUGACUCUGUAAAAGAAAAGGAUGAGUCUGAAAAAGAAAAGGAUGAGUCUGAAAAAGAAAAGGAUGAGUCUGUAAAAGAAAAGGAUGAGUCUGAAAAAGAAAAGGAUGAGUCUGAAAAAGAAAAGGAUGACUCUGAAAAAGAAAAGGAUGAGUCUGAAAAAGAAAAGGAUGAGUCUGAAAAAGAAAAGGAUGAGUCUGUAAAUGAAAAGGAUGAGUCUGAAAAAGAAAAGGAUGAGUCUGAAAAAGAAAAGGAUGACUCUGAAAAAGAAAAGGAUGAGUCUGAAAAAGAAAAGGAUGACUCUGAAAAAGAAAAGGAUGACUCUGAAAAAGAAAAGGAUGAGUCUGAAAAAGAAAAGGAUGAGUCUGAAAAAGAAAAGGAUGAGUCUGUAAAUGAAAAGGAUGAGUCUGAAAAAGAAAAGGAUGACUCUGAAAAAGACAAGGAUGAGUCUGAAAAAGAAAAGGAUGACUCUGAAAAAGAAAAGGAUGACUCUGAAAAAGAAAAGGAUGAGUUUGUAGUGUAUCAGUGGAAUGUGAAGAACAUGGAGACAGAGUUAACACAGCUGUAUAAGAUACAUGUCAAUAACAUCCCUGAUUUCCGCUUCACUUUGUUUGCUGGAGAAUGUUAUACAGAAACUGAACCAAUGGAAAAACAAAUAGUUGAAAAGCCAGCAAAGGAUAAAAAAGGAACCAAAGCCUGUAAACCAAAGAAACGUCAAAAAUUGUAAAGAAAUUUAAAGCAGGAACGAUGUUGAACUAGUGGAAAGUCCGAGUGUUGAAUGGUUUCAGCGUCUGUCCUGUAUGUUUCCCAUUCAGUGGAACAACUUCUACACACAUACACUUAAAAAAAUGAAAACUAAUCAGAAAUCACUCAUGUGUUGAUUGACAUGUUGUACUUUUAAUCAGUUUAUUUCUGUCACUAAAUUGGGAUCAGAUCAUUUAUUAUUAAUCACUGAAUUGCAGUUUGAUUUUCUGCAGAAUUCGACAUCAAUAAAGAGCAUCCAAUUAAA